AUGCGGUUUGUGCACAACCUCCAGAGUUCAGAGAAAAGGAACGGUCCGCUUUCCACGGACGAAAUAGAAGCGGCAGAGGCCUACUGGGUCAAGAGAAUACAACACAUGACGUUUCAUCGUGAACUCAGCAAUAUAAAUACGAACGUAAAGCUACCGAAUGAGUCUCCUCUCAGGGAUCUGGCGCCAUUUCUCGACAGUGACGGGCUUCUUCGUAUAGGUGGGCGACUUCACUUCAGUGACGGGACGUAUGACGAACGACACCCUCUAAUCUUACCGGGAAGCCACCACUACACCAAGCUGCUUGUCAUGCAGGCACACCACCGCUUGCUGCAUGCCGGUGUAAGGGACACACUGGUUCACAUAUGUGAAAAUUUUUGGAUCAUACGGGCGCACCAACUGGUUAAGGGUGUGAUCUAUCAGUGCAUCAUCUGUAAACGGCUCCAGGCUAAGGCCGCUGACCAGACGACGGCCCCUUUACCAGCGGUCCGGAUAACGAAGUCGCAGCCAUUCGAAGUCGUGGGAAUCGACUUUGCGGGGCCUCUGAUCGUCAAAGUGGACGAAGACGUCGGCAAGUGUUACAUCGUGUUAUUCGUCUGUGCAGUUGUGAGGGCGCUGCACCUGGAGUUAACCAGCGAUAUGUCGACCAGGGCUUUCCUUCAGGCCUUACGGAGAUUCGUCUCUCGACGGGGACUUUAG